ACGGCUGGGCGGGGGGAGCGGGCGGCUGCGUGCGCCACGCCGGGGUCCGAGCGCGCCGGGAAGGGCACGCGCCCGGGUCGGAUGGGCCGAACGCGCCGCCGGGGACUCGGAGUGGGGACCGCGGGCGAGAGUGAGAGGGAGGGCGAGGAGGAGGAACUCGGGGGCGGCGCGCAGCCCGAGCGCGGGGGCGAUCCGCCGUGGCCGCCGCUGGAGGGCGUGUUGCUCAGUCCCGAGCGCCGGGAGGGCGGUGGGCUGGGCGGCGCCGGCGAGGGAGGGCCUCCCUCCUCUCCUUCCCGGCCCGGCCUGGCGCUCGCGAACUUGCGCGCCGGGAGCCCGGCGGGCGGCGGGGGCGUGGGCGGCGGCGGCGCAGGCGGCCCCGACGCGGCGGCAGCCAGUGGAAUGCUGCGCUGAGCGCCGCUCCCUCCGCCUGGGCGCCCGCCCCGCCCCGGCCCGCCCCUCCCGGCAGGACUGCGCGCCCGGAGCCCCGUUCCGCGUCCCCGCCGCCGGGAGGAGGUGCCCGCAAGCUCGCGGCGCGCGCCGGGCCGCCAGACUCGGCCUGUGGGCGAUUUCCUCCGGACCCCAGCUCCCCGCCCGAAAAGGAAGAUGCAGACCUUUCUGAAAGGGAAGAGAGUUGGCUACUGGCUGAGCGAGAAGAAAAUCAAGAAGCUGAAUUUCCAGGCCUUCGCCGAGCUGUGCAGGAAGCGAGGGAUAGAAGUCGUGCAGCUGAACCUUAGCCGGCCAGUCGAGGAGCAGGGCCCCCUGGACGUCAUCAUCCACAAACUGACCGAUGUCAUCCUCGAAGCCGACCAGAACGACAGCCAGUCCCUGGAGCUGGUGCACAGGUUCCAGGAAUACAUUGAUGCCCACCCUGAGACCAUUGUCCUGGACCCCCUUCCCGCCAUCAGAACCCUGCUUGACCGGUCCAAGUCCUAUGAGCUCAUCCGGAAGAUCGAGGCCUACAUGAAAGAUGACAGGAUCUGCUCACCACCCUUCAUGGAGCUCACGAGCCUGGGCGGAGACGACACCAUGCGGCUCCUGGAGGAGAAUGGCCUGGCCUUCCCGUUCAUUUGCAAAACCAGAGUGGCUCAUGGCACCAACUCUCACGAGAUGGCCAUCGUGUUCAACCAGGAGGGCCUGAGCGCCAUCCAGCUGCCCUGCGUGGUCCAGAAUUUCAUCAACCACAACGCCGUCCUGUACAAGGUGUUUGUGGUCGGCGAGUCCUAUACCGUGGUCCAGAGGCCCUCGCUGAAGAACUUCUCUGCGGGCACAUCAGACCGCGAGUCCAUCUUCUUCAACAGCCACAACGUGUCCAAGCCAGAAUCGUCAUCGGUCCUGACCGCGCUGGACAAGAUCGAGGGUGUCUUCGAGCGGCCGAGUGACGAGGUCAUCCGGGAGCUGUCCCGGGCCCUGCGGCAGGCGCUGGGCGUGUCGCUCUUCGGGAUCGACAUCAUCAUCAACAACCAGACAGGGCAGCACGCCGUCAUCGACAUCAACGCCUUCCCAGGCUACGAGGGCGUGAGCGAGUUCUUCACGGACCUCCUGAACCACAUCACCACCGUGCUGCAGGGCCAGAGCGCGGCCGCGGCAGGCACGGGGGACGUGGCCCCGCUGAGGCACAGCAGGCUCCUGGCGGAGCAGGCGGGCGGCCUGGCGGCCGAGCGGACGUGCAGCGCCAGCCCCGGCUGCUGCAGCAGCAUGAUGGGCCAGGAGCCGCCCUGGACGGCCGAGGCCGACGUGGGCGGCGUGGGCGCGGGCAGCGCCUCCAAGCUGCCGCACCAGAGACUCGGCUGCACCGCCGCCGUGUCGCCCAGCUUCCAGCAGCACUGCGUGGCCUCUCUGGCCACCAAGGCCUCCUCCCAGUAGCCACGGGGCCCGGGACCCUGAGGGGCGGCGCGGGCUGCAGAACGCACACGCUGGGCGAGCAGCUCCCGACCGUGACGCUACUACUAAGAAGUCCCAAGGAUCUGAUUCUCCUUCUCCUCCUUCUUCUUUUUUUUUUUUUUAAUUUUUAACCUGAUUCUCUGAUGUCAUGAUCUACAUGAGGGGUGGGGGUGGGGACGGAAGAGAACCCCAAGUGGUCCAGCCUCGCGGAAGAGGGACAAUCCCGCCUGAUUCCUGCUGUGCAGAUCUCUCCACUGAGUUUACACACGCUUGUGUUUUCAACACUAGGUCUGAAUGUGAGGUGGGGUGUGCGUGCAUGUGUGCGUGUGUGUGGGUGUGCGUGCGUGUGCGUGGUCGCCAUGCGUGUGUGAGUGCCCGAGCACGUCCACGUCUGUUCUUCUCAAUGGCUGCUGUGGCCCAGGCCUCGGGGACCCUGGAGCAGGCCAUCCCUGGUCAGGCUGUCGGCGGCUGAGCAGAGCCAGCAAACGGUUGCCCGUCUCUCUUCUCUCCGAGCCGCCACGCCAGGCCCGGCCCCGUUUCUCUUACCGCUGGCUUAAAGCCCCAUCCGGUGUGCAGCUGCCCCUCCCGAAAGCAGGAGCCAGGGGCAGCAGGAGGCCCCAGCUACCACUUCCUCGGGGAUCCCACGCAGGGAGUCUGGGCUGUGGUCCACCUGCUGCCCGCUCACGAAAGCAGAGGAGGAGGAGGCUUCCCCGGGAAGGCCACAGCCCUGGGUCGGCUGCCUCUCUCCACGUCCAGCUCCCUGGAGUCCGCUCGGCCCGUCAGCACGUGUCCCACGCAGCCCUGCAAACGGGGCCUCCUUCCCUGACCACGCGCCGCUGCUCCCUGGACCCGGGAGGAGCCUGCCUGGUUGGGAGCCUCCGGGCUGAUCCUGCUUGUGCCAAGGAUUUGUGCUGUGACUUUGGGCCAAUCAUUCCAAGAGUCGCCGGGCGGCCAUGACCAGGAAACUCAAGGGCAGGCUUGACGCCCUGGCCCCUACGGUGCGGCCUGCGUCUCCGUGACGUCAACCCAGAUGAGCGUCUCCUUGGCAUCGAGGCGAUUUGGGGCUCUCCCUCCAGGCAGAAGGAGGCUGCGCGUUGCUCCACGCCUGCCCAGAAGGCCUGAUCCGCCCCUUUCGUGCUCACUGCCAGCCCCAAGCACUCAGCCAGCCAGGUGCGAGGGGGCUUGCAGCCCCAGAGGUGAGAAAGCACAUUACCCGCUUCUCCUAUUAGAGUCAUCCCAGCCCCUGAUGGCAGCCGACAGACCACCAGCUGGUCAGUCCAAUCCCGAGGUCCAGGCAGGCCGGCAGCCCCCUUUGCAGAGAAGGGGAUCAGUGAGGGGCUUUGUCAAUCCUCGGACGGUGUGACCGUCCGGCGGGAUGCAUAGGACCCCCUGAGCAUGGCCUUGUGUCUUCAGCUAUCAGUCACUCUUGAGGAAGAGGAACAGGCCUCUGGGCCGUCCUGCGUGGUCCAGGGAGGAUGGAUUGAGAGCGGCUGCGGAGCUGGGCGCUCAGAGACACCUUCAGGCCUGGUCAGCAGCGGCGUGGCAGUCGCCCACUUUGGGAAAGGAAGGGCUGGGGUGGGGGGCGGCUGCCGUCAGAACUGCCCAGCUGUCCUAGAAACCACGGGCCCUCCGACCACCGUGUUUACACGACUUGAGUGUUGAACCCUGAUUAUAAUGUCUGUACGUCACCUUUCCUAGCCUAACCCCAAGCGCCGGGGGAACAGGAAAGUGUGGCCGGCCUCUUGCACUGCUUUGUCUCCAAAAUAAACUACUGAAAUCAAACUGCA